UUGGUUCGUCUCCUUCCCAGUUCUCCAGAGCACAUGGCGUCAGCGGCGAUCCUCCGCUCGGCCGCCCGCUCGUUCCGGCUCCGGCGGCCGCUGGAUCAGCAGGGGUGCCUUCUCGCGCGGCGCUCCGUGGAGGGCCUGAGCCCGACCACUCGCCUCCUCGGCAGCUCCGUCCCGACAGAGGGGGAACAGAAGGAUAAAGUCCACGAGAAGACAGGAGAUAUGUAUCAAAGGUUGUCAAUGAAGAUCGACAGGCUUUCAGAUAUAAUGGAUGAGAACUCGAGGUUGCUUAAGCAAGUGGAGGCUCAGAUGAAAGAAAACAAGCAUGCUGGAGCGAUAGAUUUGACUCCGUGGCUUGUGUCCACUUUUGUUUUCUUCUCCCUAGUGUAUCUCUUGAUGAAGAACAACAGCAUGACUGACUUCAAAAAAAGAACAACAACAUGAGCUGACGUUUCCUCUGUCUAU